GAGAGUUAUAACUGUUGUCCCUCCUCCUCUAUCCUUAUAUUCAAUAAGCCUGUCCUCCCUCUGUUCUAUCUGUCCCUCCGUUCUGAGUCGUCAUGUUGUCCAUAGUGGUGGAACACAUCUUUCUCUUGGUCAUCGUCACUCUCAUUAGCGUCCUACAGAAUGCUUUCUUUGCAACAAAGGUAGAGAGGGAGGGUAAAGAGCACAACAACAAAACUGCUUUUGAGAGAGUGUCCUGCGCCAAUCGUAACUGUAUGGAUUCCUACCCUACCUUCCUAGCAGUGAUGUGGUGUGCUGGGCUCUGCCUUAAUCAAGCUCCUGCUGCCUUUGCAGGGAUCAUCUACCUGGUGGCCAGGCAGAAGUACUUUGUCGGGUACAUGGGUCAGACAUCUCAGAGCACUCCAGGGUUCCUGUUUGGGAAACGCGUCCUGGCCUUCCUCAUCCUGAUGUGCAUUGUGGGUAUCUUCAACUUCCUGCUGGUGCGUUACUUCGGCAACGACUAUAAAGACACCAUGGAAACGAUCACCAACGCAGCCUCUGCUCUACUCCUCAUUCCCUGAACUACAGCAGUGACUAUAAAGUCUGUUUUGUGUCUGUGUUGAGGUACUACGGAAAGUGACUAUAAAGUCUGUUUUGUGUCUGUGUUGAGGUACUACGGAAAGUGACUAUAAAGUCUGUUUUGUGUCUGUGUUGAGGUACUACGGAAAGUGACUAUAAAGUCUGUUUUGUGUCUGUGUUGAGGUACUACGGAAAGUGACUAUAAAGUCUGUUUUGUGUCUGUGUUGAGGUACUACGGAAAGUGACUAGUCUGUUUUGUCUGUGUUGAGGUACUACGGAAAGUGACUAUAAAGUCUGUUUUGUGUCUGUGUUGAGGUACUACGGAAAGUGACUAUAAAGUCUGUUUUGUGUCUGUGUUGAGGUACUACGGAAAGUGACUAUAAAGUCUGUUUUGUGUCUGUGUUGAGGUACUACGGAAAGUGACUAUAAAGUCUGUUUUGUGUCUGUGUGUAUUUGCACAGUGCAAGGGUAGCAAGUGUGGUGUUGUGAUGGGUGAUUCAACGUGGUGCAAUUAUCCACUUCUGUGCUCAAUCAUUUCAUGUUUUAUAUUCUUUAUUUUUGAAAUAUUUUUGUCUGGCAAAAUAAAAACACAACAGCUACAAAGUA